GCUUCUUCGUUACUUCCAUCGUCGUCACUCGGUGAACAGUUCGCACAUGAUUUUCUUCAGCAAAAAGCCUCGGAGGCGAAAGCCCCAUCGACCUUCAGCAUGAAGCUGCUCACCUCGCAACUUCCUAAACAAUCAACGUCAUCGACAAGUCUCGCAUCCAGUUGGUCAACAGAAUACUCCACUCGACCGGUCGAUAGCGCGAUGUGGUCGGCGGAGUUCCUGGACAAUGCAGAGACGUCGUUGCGAUCUUCACCUGUUUCACAUGCACUGGCGAGCGAACUGGCAGAGGAUUGGGCGCAAGAAUACACCGCUGGUCAGCAGCAUAUGCUCGACGGUAUGGAGAAUGAGUGGGAAUCAAUACGACAGAAUCUCAAUAAAAUCCAGAAAGAAGACCUGAGCCAAAUUGAAACAUAUGAACACCAGGCGAACAAUCCGUUCCUCACCUCAGCUCAACCAAUGAUGGAAGGGGAUCGCUUAAUGCAAGAAGGAGACCUCGGAAAUGCAAUGCUUGCUUACGAAGCAGCUGUUCAGAAGAAUCCCAACGAUGCUGAAAUAGAUCGUGUUCUUCAACAGAAUUUGGAAAGAUUAGUGCAAGCUGUAGAAGAGAACGCAGAAGAUGCUGAUGCUUGGUGCCGUCUUGGUUUGUCUCAUGCAGAGAAUGAACACGACGCGAAAGCAAUCGCAGCAUUUAAUAAAUGUCUCAAAAUCCAACCGAAUAAUGAAGAGGCUUUGCUCGCCUUAUCUGUCUCACUCGCCAAUGAAUCUGUAGACAAUGAGGCGUUGAAUCAGCUGGAGAAAUGGCUGGUGGCACAUCAAGGCGGCGAUCCAACAACGGUCCAGAAGGCACAUGCUGGCUACAGCUCGUUCCUUGACCACGACACUUUCAAACAGGCAAUACUCCCUUUCAGAGAAGCUGUGGAACAUUUCGUAUCAGCGCUGGACUUACAAAAAGGUGGCAAGGAAAACUCGUCCAUUUGGCCAACGUUACGUUCGGCGACUAUUCGAAUGCGUGGAGCUCCGCAUGACCUGCUGUCUGCUUUGGACCGACGAGAUCUGAAUGCAUUUAAGGCG